AUGGCUUCAUCAAGCUCAUACAACUCUCCAUGUGCUGCCUGCAAAUUUUUAAGGAGAAAAUGCAUGCCUGGUUGCAUCUUUGCACCCUACUUCCCACCCGAAGAGCCUCAGAAAUUCGCAAACGUUCACAAAAUCUUCGGAGCCAGCAAUGUGACCAAGCUCCUGAAUGACCUACUCCCUCACCAAAGAGAAGAUGCAGUGAAUUCCCUUGCAUAUGAAGCCGAAGCUCGUGUUCGAGAUCCUGUUUACGGGUGCGUUGGCGCCAUUUCUUUCCUCCAAAGACAGGUUGAUCGUCUUCAAAAGGAGCUGGAUGCUGCUAACGCUGAUUUGAUUCGUUAUGCAUGCAAUGAGAUCCCAACAGGGUUGCCUGCAGUGCCUCAUUUGAGUUCAAUUCAGCCAAUAACUCCACGGCAAAGAGCCAUUGAUCAGUAUCCUGGUAGAAGGAUUGGAAACAUUGAUGGCGGCGGCGGUGGUGGUGGUGGUGGUUUCUACCAAUCACCACCAUCUUUUCCUUAUCCUUAUGCUAAUCAUCUUCCAUGGAACCCUUCUAACUCCGGUGGAAAUAUGGGUGGAGGUGGUGGUAGCGAUGGAGGAGGAGGAGGUCAAGGUAACAUGUGAAUAUCUCUCAAUCUCUAUGAAGAACACAUGCAGGUUAUAUAAAACCCUCUUUUGGGCUUGUAUUGAUCUACUACAUAUAUA